AUGGCAACCAUGGUUGAAGAAGAGAAUGAUGAGAAGAUGGUGGAUGGAGAUAAACAACAGUUGGUAAUUGAACCAGCACCUGAACCAGUGGGCCCUUUUUGUGAACUUGAGGAGGUGGAAGAUGAAGAGGAUGACCAAGAGAAUGAGAAUACAAUAAUGGAGGGAAACUGUAGUGUUGUGAUUCAACGCAUCCUUCCACCAAUGCACAAAGAUCCAGGAAGUGUCACUAUACCGUGCUCUAUCGGUGUAGUUUUAGUUGGUAAGGCUUUUAUUGACUUAGGAGCCAACAUUAAUUUGAUGCCGCUCUCCAUCUAUCGGAGGAUAGGAGAGUUGGAGAUAAUGCCAACACGAAUGACUCUACAGUUAGCUGACCGCUUCAUCACCAGGCCGUAUGGAGUGAUAGAAGAUGUUUUGGUUCAAGUAAAGCACUUCACUUUCCCAGCAGACUUUGUUGUCAUGGACAUCGAAGAAGAUGCAGAGAUCCCCUUGAUCUUGGGAUGUCCGUUCAUGUUGAUUGCAAGCUGCAUCAUGGAUAUGGGAAAACGGAAGCUAGAGAUGGGAAUUGAAGAUUAA